UCGCCCGCACGCUUUCGGGGGCAGGUAGCACACGCCAGGUGCGCGGCGGAACAUGGACUGUCUCCUGCUGGCCGUCUGGACUUUACCUGUCGCGAUCCUCGGCGGCGGCAGCUCCAUGCAAUUCCAGACUCUCCCGUGGCUUGGAAGCACUGUAAAGACCCUUCAGCUGUGCUGCCUCUGUUGCAUGUCUCAUGCAGCAACUUUAACCAGUGACAGCAUCAGUGAAUUGACUCAUGAUUAUGUGUUUGUGACACCUGUCAGAGUGGAUUCCAGCGGAUCGUACAUUUCACAUGAUGUUUUGCACAGUACUAGGAGAAAGAGAUCAACUCAGAGUUCAAAGAGUUCCUUGCACUACAAAUUUUCAGCAUUUGGACAGGAACUUCACUUAGAACUUAAACCUUCGACCAUUUUAAGCAACAGUUUUAUUGUCCAGGUACUCGGGAAAGAUGGAGUGUCAAAUUCUCAGGAACAUGACAUUGAGCAGUGUUUCUACCAGGGAUUUAUAAGGAAUGAUAGCACCUCUUCGGUAGCAAUAUCUACAUGUGUAGGCUUGUCAGGUUUGAUAAGGACACGGAAGAUCGAGUUCCUUAUAUCCCCAUUACCUCAGCAGCUGGCACAGGAGCACAACUACACGUCCCCCGCUGGACACCAUCCUCACGUGUUGUACAAACGAACUGCAGAAGAGAAGGUGCACCGGUACACAGUAGAGUCCCAUCCCAAAUCCUUCCCUUUUGGCCAUGACAGAAUGCACACUUCCCACAAGUAUCAUGCUCGGGCGAAUGGUUACCACCAUGGAAGGUUUCAAAAGCAGCAUUUUUGUGGACGUCGCAAGAAAUAUGCACCCAAGCCACCCACAGCAGAGAUGUACAUUCGCUCGGACGAGUACGGGACUUCUGCGAGGUUCAAGAGAUCAUCUGCAAAAAUUCAGAAAAAUGGAAGUCUAAAUGUUGAAACCCUUGUUGUGGCGGAUAAAAAAAUGUUGGAGAAACAUGGCAAGGAAAAUGUAACAACGUACAUCUUAACAGUCAUGAACAUGGUCUCUAGUCUGUUUAAAGAUGGAACAAUUGGAAGUGAUAUAAACAUUAUUGUUGUAAGCCUGCUUCUUUUGGAACAAGAGCCGGGUGGGUUAUUGAUCAACCACCACGCAGACCAGUCCCUGAACAGCUUUUGCCAGUGGCAAUCUGCCCUGGUCGGGAAGAACGGGAAGCGCCACGACCACGCCAUCCUGCUCACGGGAUUUGAUAUCUGCUCCUGGAAAAAUGAGCCCUGUGAUACCCUAGGAUUUGCACCCAUCAGUGGCAUGUGCAGCAAAUACCGUAGUUGCACCAUUAAUGAAGAUACAGGCCUGGGACUGGCUUUUACUAUUGCUCACGAAUCUGGACACAACUUUGGUAUGAUUCACGAUGGAGAAGGGAAUGCUUGUAGAAAAGCUGAGGGAAAUAUUAUGUCUCCCACCCUCACUGGAAACAACGGCGUGUUUUCUUGGUCUGUUUGCAGCAGGCAGUAUCUCAACAAAUUUCUCAGUACAGCUCAAGCUGCCUGCCUGAUUGAUGAACCUAAGCAAACAGGACAGUAUAAAUACCCUGACAAACUGCCAGGGCAGAUCUAUGAUGCUGAUACCCAGUGCAAAUGGCAAUUUGGAAUGAAAGCAAAACUAUGCAACCUCAGCUUUGUAAAGGAUAUAUGCAAAUCUCUCUGGUGUCACAAAGUGGGGCACAGGUGUGAGACAAAGUUCAUGCCUGCAGCAGAAGGAACAGCUUGUGGUAUAAGCAUGUGGUGUCGAAGAGGACAGUGUGUGAAAUACGGGGAUCAUGGCCCCAAGCCUGUGAAUGGCCAGUGGUCAGCCUGGGCCGAAUGGUCAGAGUGUACUCGCUCCUGUGGAGGUGGGGUCACGUACCAAGAAAGACACUGCAAUAAUCCAAAGCCACAGUAUGGUGGCAAAUUCUGCCAAGGUUCCAGUCGUGUUUAUCAGCUGUGUAACCACCAGCCCUGCCCAGCAAACAGCCUGGACUUCCGUGCCCAGCAGUGUGCAGAGUACAACAGCAAACCCUUCCGGGGCUGGUACUACAAGUGGAAGCCGUACACCAAAGUGGAAGAGGAAGACAGAUGUAAAUUGUACUGCACAGCUGAAGACUUUGACUUUUUCUUUGCAAUGUCCAGCAAAGUGAAGGAUGGAACUCUGUGUUCUCCAAAUAAUUUUGAUGUUUGUAUUGAUGGAAUAUGUGAACAAGUAGGGUGUGAUCAUGGACUUGGUUCCAAAGCUGUAUUGGAUGCUUGUGGAGUUUGUAAAGGAGAUAAUUCAACGUGCAAGUUCUUUAAAGGCCAAUACUUGAUCCAGCACAAAGCUAAUGACUACUACACGGUGGUGACGGUCCCGGCCGGAGCGCGCAGUAUCCACCUCCAGGAGCUGCAGAUCUCCACCAGCUACCUUGCAGUCAGAAACCUGGGCAAAAAGUACUAUCUGACAGGGGACUGGACAAUUGACUGGCCAGGAAAGUUCCCUUUUGCUGGGACAGUUUUUGAUUAUCAACGCUCUUUUAACCGUCCAGAGAGUCUCUAUGCCGCGGGACCGACUAAUGAGACGCUGGUCUUUGAAAUCCUGUUACAAGGCAAAAAUCCUGGGAUUGCUUGGGAAUAUACAUUUUCCAAAACCAACAUUGAAAACAAGACAUCUGUCAGAAAACACAGCUACUCCUGGGUGACAGUGCAGUCUGAGUGCUCAGCUACCUGUGGUGGUGGACACAUUACAGCAAAAGCAAUUUGUUUGGAAGAUCAUCGUGUACGAGUCAACACCUCCCUUUGCGGCCCAAGGAUGAAGCCCUUGACUGAAACAAAACUAUGCAACACCAAUCCAUGCCCAGCAUAG